UAAACUUUUAAUUUUCGGCGAUUCUUUAAUAUCCAUGGGUCUAGACCCAGUGAAGGCCGAUGGUGAGGAGGCUCCAGUGAGCGCGGACCCAGCCACUUCCCGCGCGCCAGACCACUGCAUCGUCGGCGGGGCCCACGCUUUUAUAUUAAAGAUAUCCAGUUUCUUCGGUCUGGCGCCGUUACGGUUCGAGUCUCGGAACAAUGGGUUCUCCAUUGCCCUAUCCAGUGCUAUGUGUAUCUAUAGUUAUAUACUCGUCACUAUUUUAGUAAUAUGCACAGUGUUCGGCCUAAUAGCGGAGAUCAACGUCGGGGUGGAGAAGUCAGUGCGGAUGACGUCACGGAUGUCCCAGCUGGUGUCGACGUGCGAUGUGCUGGUGGUGGUGGCGACGGCAGGCACGGGCGUGUAUGGCGCACCUCGACGGAUGAGGAAGCUGCUCAAAUUCAUGGACAGUAUUGCUGCUGUUGACACGAGCAUAGGCGCGCAGUACUCUGUGGCGACAGAACGCAAGUUGUGUGCGGUUUUGUUGGCAAUACUGAUCUUCUUCUCAGUUCUGCUUGCCGAUGACUUCUGUUUCUACGCGUUGCAGGCAAGGAGACUGGAUAGGCAGUGGGCGGUAGUAACGAACUACAUAGGCUUCUACCUGCUGUGGUACGUGGUGAUGAUACUGGAGCUACAGUUCGCGUUCACCGCUCUUUCACUGCGCACGCGCUUCCAGGCUGUCAACGAGGCGCUCGCGCUCACCGCCCGCCAUGUGAACGUACCGCUGGAGAAAGUAAAGGAGGGCGCUCCACUAAACAUCUUCGCGAUCCGCGUAGCCCCUGCGGAGGCCCAGCGCUCCGCUAACGUCAGCUUGCUGGUUGAUAAUCUACCCGGGAAAGAACACCCCAUUAUCAUUAAACGAAAUGUAAACGGCCAGCCUCGGCUGGUAGUACCUCCGUGCGAGGCCAUCCGUCGGCUGGCUUCCCUGCACGGCACGCUGUGCGAGGUGGUGCGCCGCAUCAACGACAGCUACGGGCUCCCCGUGGUCGUCAUACUCAUCUCAACCCUGCUGCAUCUCAUCGUCACGCCGUACUUCCUCAUUAUGGAGAUCAUUGUGUCCACCAAUCGAAUACAUUUCUUAAUACUACAGUUCCUGUGGUGCGCAACGCACAUGCUGCGAAUGUUCGUUGUGGUUGAGCCGAGCCAUUACACUAUUAGUGAGGGCAAAAGAACCGAGGAGCUGGUAUGCAGGCUGAUGAUGGCGGCGCCGUCGACCGGCGUGCUGCCGUCGCGGCUGGAGCUCUUCUCUCGCCAGCUGCUGCUGCAGAAUGUCUCCUACUCCCCGCUGGGCAUGUGCACGCUUGAUAGACCGCUGGUGGCCUCCGUAAUCGGAGCAGUAACAACAUACUUGGUGAUACUAAUACAGUUCCAGCGAUACGACUCAUAA